AUGGGUUGUGUGUUCAAUUUUUGUAAUGCAUUAUUAACAUUGCUGUUGUUGCUGCAUACAAGACUCAGUUUGGCUAUUGAUGGUGAAGCAUUGAAGAAGUGCAUCGAGAAGGAGAGGAAAGCUCUUCUGUUGUUCAAACAAGGCAUCUAUGUUGACUAUGGCAUGCUAUCCACAUGGAGGGAAGAAGAUGAUGAAGAUUGUUGCAACUGGAAAGGAGUUCGUUGUAGCAACCAAACAGGUCAUGUUCAAGUUCUUAACCUUCAUAGUUUCGCUCCAACCUUUUUGAGAGGUACAAUUAAUAUUACUUUGUUGAGUGAGUUGCAUGAUUUGCAACAUUUGGAUCUCAGUUACAAUUAUUUCUACCCAAGUGACAUCCCUCAAUCCAUAGGCUCAUUCACCAACUUAAGGUAUCUCAACCUCUCUUAUUCUGAUUUUGUUGGGAGUAUUCCUAAUCAACUGGGAAAGCUUCCAAACUUACAAUAUAUUGAUCUGAGUAACAAUUAUUUGGAUGGAGCUAUCCCUUGCCAAAUCGGAAAUCUUUCCAUGUUGCAGUCCCUUCAUCUUGGAGGAAAUAAUCUUGUUGGAGCGAUUCCUUAUCAAAUUGGGAAUCUCUCCAUGUUGCACACCUUGCGAGUUGGUGGUUAUUUGUCUAACCUCACAAUAGCCAACAAAAACAAUGGUGAUGCAGAGUGGAUAUCAAAGCUCUCUUUAUUAACAAAUCUUGAGUUGAGUUAUGUGAGGGAUGUUGGCAAUUCUCAGGUGUGGCAGCACAUGAUUGGUAAACUUAUGCCGAAACUAACAGAAUUGAGAUUGAGAGAUUGUGGCAUUUCUCAUGUGCACAACCUUCUUCUGUUUGCUUCUCCUUCCAACUAUUCUUAUUCUCUUGUCACCCUUGAUCUCUCUAACAAUAACUUGAACUCAUCAUUAUUUCAAUGGUCCUUCAACUUUAGCUCCAACCUUCAACAGCUUUAUCUAAGUAAUUGCAGUCUUUCAUCUCAUAAUCUUUACUUUCUAUCUUCUCAUUUUCAUUUUCCUUCCCUCAUUGUUCUUGAUCUCUCAUAUAAUAACUUGAUGUCAGUAACGGCAUUGAGCUUUGGCUUCAACCUUCAAGAGCUUUAUUUGAGCAAUUGUAGCCUUACAUCAAAUAAUCUUAUCUUCACAUCCUUCAAUCCCAACCUUUCCUCUCUUCUCCAUCUUGAUCUCUCUAACAAUCUGUUGACAUCAUCAACCAUAUUCGAUUGGAUUUCCAACUUCACCUUCAAUCUUCAUAAACCGGACCUCUGGGGAAACUCGCUUAGCCCUUCCAUUCCUGAUGGUUUUGAAAACGUAAUGAAGUCUCUUGAAGUUCUUGAUCUCUCAGGAGAGAUCCCAUCCUCUAUAGGACGCCUUGUGAAUGUGGAGGCUAUGGUUUUGAGUAACAAUAGCUUGACUGGAGAACUUCCUUUGUCUUUGGCCAAUUGCUCCAAGUUAGUAUUAUUGGAUGUGUCAGAAAAUAAGUUGUCAGGGCCAAUACCUUCAUGGAUUGGGGUAAGCCUUGAACAAUUGCAAAUUCUAAGUUUACGAAUGAAUCAUUUAAAUGGAAGUCUACCCGUACAUCUUUGCCACUUAACACAAAUUCGACUCUUGGAUAUCUCUCGCAAUAACUUGUCCAAUGAAGUUCCAUCAUGCCUUGAAAAUUUUACUGUUAUGGCACAAGAGCAUAUCAACUCAAGUGGAAGUUAUCAUUAUUAUAUGACCAAUAAAGCAGGGCCUUAUCCAUACUCUGAUGGUUUGGAAUUCUAUAUAACAUUGAUGUGGAAAGGUGAGGAUUACAAGUAUAUGAGGCCGGAGCUCUUUCUUAAAAGCAUUGAUCUCUCUAGCAAUGCUCUAUCAGGAGAAGUACCAAGAGAACUUAUGUCUUUGUUAGGAUUGGUUUCCCUAAACCUAUCAAGAAACCUGCUAAGUGGAGAGAUACCUAUAAAUAUUGGGAAUCUAGAAUCACUAGAAUUUCUCGAUCUGUCAAACAAUAAAUUAUCAGGCCCAAUUCCUCCAAGCCUUGCUAAUAUUGAUCGACUCAGUAUGUUAGAUUUGUCAAACAAUCAUCUCUAUGGAAAAAUCCCAAUAGGAACACAGUUGCAGAGCUUUAAUGCCUCAUCUUAUGGAGGAAACCUUGAUCUCUGUGGAUUGCCACUCAACAAGAUGUGCCCAGAAGAUAACACGCCUCCACCUCAAGAAGCCAAUCACAAUGAAGAAGAAGGGGCCUCAUUGAUCUCUCAAGAAUUUUACUUGAGCAUGGGAUUGGGAUUUGUUGUUGGAUUUUGGGCCGUUGUAGGACCGUUGCUUUUCAACCGAACUUGGAGACAAGCCUACUGUAGGUUUAUGAACACAUUGUUGCUGCACACGAGACUCAGUUUGGCCACUGAUGGUGAAGCUUUGAAGAAGUGCAUCGAGAAGGAGAGGAAUGCUCUUCUGUUGUUCAAACAAGGCAUCUAUGAUGACUCUGGUAUGGUGUCCACAUGGAGGGACAGAGAUGAUGAAGAUUGUUGCAACUGGAGGGGAGUUCAUUGUAGCAAUCAAACAGGUCAUGCUCAAAUUCUUGAUCUUCAUAGUUCAGAUCCACUUUUUUUGAGAGGUACAAUUAAUAUUACUUUGUUGAGUGAGUUGCAUGAUCUACAACAUUUGGAUCUCAGUUACAAUUAUUUCUACCCAAGUGACAUCCCUCAAUCCAUAGGCUCAUUCACCAACUUAAGGUAUCUCAACCUCUCUUAUUCUGAUUUUGUUGGGAGUAUUCCCAAUCAACUUGGAAAGCUUCCAAAUUUACAAUAUAUUGAUCUGAGUAACAAUUACUUGGAUGGAGCUAUCCCUUGCCAAAUCAGAAAUCUUUCCAAGUUGCAGUCCCUUAAUCUUGGAGAAAAUAAUCUUGUUGGAGUGAUUCCUUAUCAACUUGGGAAUCUCUCCAUGUUGCACACCUUGCGAGUUGGUGGUUAUUUGUCUAACCUCACAAUAGCUGACAAAAACAAUGGUGAUGCAGAGUGGAUAUCAAAGCUCUCUUUAUUAACAAAUCUUGAGUUGAGUUAUGUGAGGGAUGUUGGCAAUUCUCACGUGUGGCAGCACACGAUAGGUCAACUUGUGCCGAAACUAAAAGAAUUGAGACUGGGAGGAUGUGACAUUUCUCAUGCACAUAACCUUCUUUGGUUUGCUUCUCCUUCCAACUAUUCUUAUUCUCUUGUCACCCUUGAUCUCUCUGACAAUAACUUGAACUCAUCAUUAUUUCAAUGGUCCUUCAACUUUAGCUCUAACCUUCAACAGCUUUAUAUAAGAGAGAUCCCAUCCUCUAUAGGACGCCUUGUGAAUGUGGAGGCUAUGGUUUUGAGUAACAAUAGCUUGACUGGAGAACUUCCUUUGUCUUUGGCCAAUUGCUCCAAGUUAGUAUUAUUGGAUGUGUCAGAAAAUAAGUUGUCAGGGCCAAUACCUUCAUGGAUUGGGGUAAGCCUUGAACAAUUGCAAAUUCUAAGUUUACGAAUGAAUCAUUUAAAUGGAAGUCUACCCGUACAUCUUUGCCACUUAACACAAAUUCGACUCUUGGAUAUCUCUCGCAAUAACUUGUCCAAUGAAGUUCCAUCAUGCCUUGAAAAUUUUACUGUUAUGGCACAAGAGCAUAUCAACUCAAGUGGAAGUUAUCAUUAUUAUAUGACCAAUAAAGCAGGGCCUUAUCCAUACUCUGAUGGUUUGGAAUUCUAUAUAACAUUGAUGUGGAAAGGUGAGGAUUACAAGUAUAUGAGGCCGGAGCUCUUUCUUAAAAGCAUUGAUCUCUCUAGCAAUGCUCUAUCAGGAGAAGUACCAAGAGAACUUAUGUCUUUGUUAGGAUUGGUUUCCCUAAACCUAUCAAGAAACCUGCUAAGUGGAGAGAUACCUAUAAAUAUUGGGAAUCUAGAAUCACUAGAAUUUCUCGAUCUGUCAAACAAUAAAUUAUCAGGCCCAAUUCCUCCAAGCCUUGCUAAUAUUGAUCGACUCAGUAUGUUAGAUUUGUCAAACAAUCAUCUCUAUGGAAAAAUCCCAAUAGGAACACAGUUGCAGAGCUUUAAUGCCUCAUCUUAUGGAGGAAACCUUGAUCUCUGUGGAUUGCCACUCAACAAGAUGUGCCCAGAAGAUAACACGCCUCCACCUCAAGAAGCCAAUCACAAUGAAGAAGAAGGGGCCUCAUUGAUCUCUCAAGAAUUUUACUUGAGCAUGGGAUUGGGAUUGUUGUUGGAUUUUGGGCCGUUGUAG